UGUGCGCAUCGCGGACCCGAGUCAUGGCGGACGGUAGCAAAGUGGUGCAGGCCCGCGCACUCCUGCAGCAAUGCCUGCACGCUCACCUGCAGGUGCGCCCGGCCGACGGCGAUGCCGAGGCGCAGUGGGUGGAGAUCCAGAGAGGAUUAGUGAUCUAUGUGUGCUUCUUCAAGGGAGCAGACAAAGAACUUCUUCCCAAAAUGGUGAAUACGCUGUUAAAUGUGAAAUUAAGUGAAACAGAAGGCGGCAAGCUCGUCUCCAUCAUGGACCUGCCUGGUGACGUUCUCAUCAUCCCUCAGGCCACCCUCGGGGGCAGAGUAAAAGGAAGAACCAUGCAGUACCACUCCAACUCCGGGAAGGAGGAGGGUCUAGAACUCUACUCCCAGUUCGUGAGUCUGUGUGAGGAAGUGCUGGCCGCCAACAGCAAGUGUGUCGAAGCGGGCGUUGUAGUGGCGCAUGGCACCUACGGCAACAGGCAGGUUUUGAAGCUGGACACCAAUGGACCAUAUACGCACCUAAUUGAGUUCUGAAAGAUCCGUUUCCACAGCUGCUGCUGGUAUAAAGGACCUGGGCUCUACUUAGGUUUUUUUCCCUUCUUCUUGAAGAAGACACAGGUCUGUAACAUGUUAGGCAAGAAAAUCCUGCAUCCAAGCUGCGCUUAGUGGCGCAUUCCUUUCAUCCCAGUGCCUGGGAGGCAGAGACAGGCAGAUUUCUGUCACUUGAGGCCAUCCUGGCCUACAUAGCGAGCUCAAGGUCAGUCAGGGCUGUCAAGAGACCCUGUCUCAAAAAAAUAAAGAAAUUGGGAACAUAAGUGAGUCACUUGUAAAAGGCAACACUAGUUUUUGCAAACUCUUCUACUUGACUUUAAAAUACAUUUUUUAAGAGUGAAAACUAGGGUGUGGAGGUGACUAGUGAGUUCUUGCUGCUCUUCCAGAGGAGCUGGAUUCAGUGCCCAGCAUGGAUGGAUCCUAACAGUCUGUACCUACAGAUCGAGGGGAUUGGAGAGCUCCCACAUGCACAUAGCAAAUAAAAUUAAUUAAAAAAAAAUUAAAAACUUGAAGUUAUUUUUUCUUU